CCUGUCCUGUCCGAAUCCGAGACCUUUCUCCAACGGCUACAUCUAGAAACGCGCCGAUUUAAAACUUACUGUGACCACCAUGGAGGAGACUCAAGCUGUGCUGUCCACCAGUGACGAUUCAGGCGAAGAUUUCUACGAGAUGAUUGAAGCGCCUAAGUUCGUUGACUUCACCGUUCCUGAUCCCUACAUUCCCGAUGAUCACUACUGGUUCUGCUCACGAGUCGGGUGUGAAGAGAAGCAUCCAGAAGAAAUGGACUCUGAUGUCGUUUACAAAAACUUUGUUAUGCGGGUAAUGGCAGCGAGGAGUCCGAAUGUACGGCUUCAGAGAGGUCGAAGGAACCUGAAAUGCCCACUUACAGCCCCUCCAAAGUCUUCGAGGCCUAGAGCGGCAAGGCUAGCUCUGAUAUCUUCCAUUUCCAAAAGGAUUGUGGACGCUAGAGUGAAAUCUAGACCGCCUACUACCAAGCCUAAUACGACACAAGCUCAUGCCAAGGCAAUGACUACUCCAAGGAACAGGAAGCUUAACUCCAAUACCAAUUCUUUUCGGAGUGUUAAAAAUUCCAAGACAACAUCAGCUGAAGAGCCAAAGACUACAACGGUAGCUAAGGCUUUGGUCUUUCAAUCUCCAAAGAGAGAUAGGAAAAAGAAAAGUUCAAAAGAAAUGAAUACCCCUGUGAAAACUUUGUGUGCAGCAAUGAAGAAACUUGAGAUUACCAGUGGAAAGAAGAAUGUAUUAGGAGAUGGACAGUCAUUGCCCCAGGAUGUUGUGAGGAAGAAGUUCAGAGGACGCGAGGUAAAGAGCCGGGUUCUUGAUUCAUUGGGAACUCACGGUUGCAAACGCCAGGAUGCCAAAUCUGCAAGAGUUUUGAAGAGAAGCAAAGAAAAGAACCUAAAGCCGCCUCUUCCUGAUCGUGUUGCCAAAGAAAUUGUUGAUGAUGAUGAUGCCAGUAACAUGGAUAUUGAUGAGAAAUCAAGGCAUGUUUCAAUACAAGGGUGCUCUAUGUCAACUUCUGCUAAGAGUAAUGAAGGAAGUCAAGAUGAACUUUCAAGAUCUGAAGAUUCAGAUGGCUUUUACGAAGACUCUAAUGAAACUUCAAUAUCGAAUUUCGAAGAGAGAAUUUCGGAACAAAGUGACCUUGAGGUUGUUCUAUGUGAAGUGGAGGAUGAUAAGAACCAAGAAUACCAUCAUGAAGAGACAGUCAAAACAGGUGCAUUGGAGAUGAAUAUUUCAGAACUUCUGGAGUGUGAUGAUAAAGAAAAUGUAGCUGAAAUGAAUGAAGGUGAUCGGGAUGAAACGGUUUUGCAAAUUGCAGAGAUUCUAAACGAGAAUACAGAUAAAGUGUCCAAAAAAUCUAUAGAUGAUGAUCCAGAUGAGAAAAUUUCAGAAGCAAAUGAUCUCAAAUCAAUUCUGUGCAAAGUGGAGCAUGAGAGGAAUCAAGAAUGCAAUCAUAUAGAGCAUGAAAGUGAAACCACCACAGAUGAAAAUGUCGCACCCAAUGAUAACAGGGAAAACAGUUCUAACGGCCGGUCUGAAAGAGUGGCAUUUGGCAAUCAUGAGAAAUUUAAAAAUACAGCAAAGGUGGUCAAGGGAGUAUCAAAGAACACUGUGAAAGAGAAAUCUACCCCUGCCGUAGUUGGUUCUCAUGGGCUGAAACCCAGCAGACCAAAGUCCACGAAUCCCAAGCCAUUCAGGCUCAGAACUGAUGAAAGAGUGGUGCUAAGGGAAGCAAACUUGGGGAAGAAGCCUAAUUGUCCCUUGAAAGACAUCACUACAUCUCGUAGGUUCCAUGGGGACGACAAGUUGCAGAGAAAAAAUAAAUACACGAACCAAAAUUCUGAAUGUGAAAAUAAUGUUGAAGAAGAAUAUGAACAAAGGAUAUUAGAGAGCAAAUUCCCAGAUGAUCCACGAGGAGGAACAAUACCAGAUUCCUGCAACUACAAAAUUGUAGAUUCUGAACACAAGUUAUGUACAAUGGAUUCACAAAGUUGUGUGGCUUUAAAACGCGAGAAACAGAGCCGUUGUCGUCAGCUCGAACCAGGCAAAGAGAGAGCAACCAAGAAAACAGAGGAGAAUUUGAAAAGGACUAAAUUAGAAAAGAUACAGCCAAGAGUUAGGAAGCCUAGAAGGGUUGUAUCAACUAAAGGAGAAAUAACUUCUCUGGUACCAUCUCGCCAACACAGUGCAAGGAAGGAAACCCCUCUAAAGAUAUUGAGUCACAAAGAUGCUAAAAAACCAUUAGACGCAAUAUCUCGAACAAGAAGGCCUUCUCCAAAGGAGCCAAAUCUUCAUAACAGUCAUUUACCAACGAGAGUUGCUCAGGAAAAUUGGCAUGCUUCCUACUAAUGAAGCAAAAAGGCAGGAAAACAGGAAAAAGGAGAGGGCAAAACCUUUUUUUCCCCGCCAACAGGGAUCUAACCUCUAGUUGCUAGCUUCUUGAGAAAGGCUUGAAAUCCUAUUAGGAC